UCAUGGGGCCCCGGGCAAUAGGGGAUCAUGGGGCCCCUGUGUCCUUGCCCAAACUCAAAAAAGCCUAUGAAAAAGGUACCAGGGGCAUCUCAUGGGGCCCACUACUGACCCCGGGCCCUAAGGUAGAGCCCGAGUUUCCAAAUGGUCAGUCCGCCCCUGCUCACGGACACAUGUACAUACAUACACACAGACACAUGUACAUACAUACACAGACACAUGUACACACAGACACAUGUACGUACGUACACACAAACACACACAUGUACAUACACACAUACACAUGUACACACAUACAUAAGUACACA